AAAACGGGGAUUCAGCCGAGAAUUGAACACAGCAGAUGAAACAACGCGUUGAAAUUUAGGCGGAAAGGUCGGUGGUAAAGGAUAAAACGUUUAUUCUGUCAAAUAUUAACCAACGUUCUCAUUAACACAUAAUUGGCUAUCAGUAUCCACUCUUGCCACUUAUAUUGCCUGCGAGGUGACUGUAAUGGGGCGAUAAUUUCCUCCAGUAUAUCCCGGUCGAUCCUUAUCAGAAACGGACUGAACUUUUGAGUGAGAGACCAGUGGGAAGUGGUGAUAAAUGGAAGCCCCGCGGCGCUUGAAGCAAGCAAGUGGAAUUGGUUGGAUGUUAACUGCGGUGUAAUCCUAUGUUUUCUGCUCUCCUUCCUAGCUCCUCCUCUCCGUUAUAAUUUCUCAGUGAGAACCUCUCCGAGUCCCCAGUUAUUGGGACUGGCCGUCAGAGUGAGGAUGGUCCAUUGUGCAGCUCUCGUCGGACUGUUGGUCCUGACCCUCGGGGAGACCUGCAUCCGCGCCGUUCGGGGCCAAGAAGUCCAGACCGUGCCUCAACAUGGGACAAAGGUGGGAGCCACAGAUGGAGACGAGAUCUCACCCACUCCCCUGUGGGGAGACGUAAACUUCAACCAGGACACCCUCAACGCAAGCAUCCAGAAUGUGAACGGGACCCGGGGCAGGCUGCGUCCGAUGUGCAAGCGGCCACCAGAGAUCAAGGACACCUUCAAGUACAUCAACACCAUCGUCUCCUGUAUGGUCUUCGUGAUCGGGAUCAUCGGCAACUCCACGUUGCUGAGAAUCAUUUACAAAAACAAGUACAUGAGGAACGGACCUAACAUCCUGAUAGCCAGCCUGGCUCUGGGGGACUUGCUCCACAUUGUCAUUGAUAUCCCCAUCACGGUGUACAAGCUCCACGCUGAAGAUUGGCCUUUUGGGGUGGAAGUAUGUAAACUGCUGCCUUUUAUGCAGAAAGCAUCAGUUGGCAUCACUGUUCUCAGUCUCUGUGCACUCAGCAUAGACAGGUAUCGAGCGGUGGCGUCUUGGAGUCGUAUUCAAGGGAUCAGAGUUCCCAUGUGGACUGUUAUUGAAAUUAUACUCAUCUGGGUAGUGUCGAUAAUUUUGGCAGUUCCUGAAUCCAUAGCCUUUGAUCUGGUAAACAUGAAUUAUCGAGGAGAAGCGUACAGUGUCUGCAUGCUUCAUCCCACACAGAAAACUAAGUUUAUGCAGUUCUACAAGGUAGCAAAAGAUUGGUGGCUGUUUGCCUUUUAUUUCUGCAUGCCUCUAGCAUGCACAGCAUUGUUUUACUCUUUAAUGACUUGCGAGAUGUUACGGAAGAAAAGUGGGAUGCAGAUUGCUCUGAAUGAUCACCUGAAACAGAGACGGGAGGUGGCAAAGACAGUGUUCUGCCUAGUGCUUGUUUUUGCCCUCUGUUGGCUUCCACUACAUCUUAGCAGGAUUUUAAUGAAGGUUUUCUACAAUGAAAAUGAUCCCAACAGAUGUGAACUAUUGAGUUUCCUCCUGGUGAUGAACUACAUUGGCAUCAAUAUGGCUUCCCUCAAUUCCUGCAUCAAUCCUAUUGCACUCUACUUUGUCAGCAAGAGGUUCAAGAACUGCUUUCAGUCCUGCCUCUGCUGCUGGUUCCAGAGGAAGACAAUGAUGCACGUGUUGCCCUUGGAUGAGAAGCAAUCCUGCAUCAAAUGGAAGCCAAAUGGCAUCGAUCACGGACUGGACCACAGCAAUUCACGUUCCAGUAAUAAAUAUAGUUCAUCAUAAUUCACAUUCCAUGCAACCAUCUCAAGGAAGAAUGCUGAUUCUUCCUGAUACUGGGCAGAAAAGUGUUAUCAAGGAAAGAAAAACAUCCACAUUGCAAAUUGUAUUCCCUCUGCAACAAUAUGGCUGAUAUGGAUAUGCAUUCCAAAUACAUGUUUUGCUUAAGGAACUGCCAUCUGGAAUAUCACUCAUGAUUAUUAAGCAUUCGCUGCAACUUGAGAAACAUCCAAAUUAGGAAUAACGUUUGAACAGACCCAUUGACUGGGGAAACCAUUGUUGAGGCACUUGAAGGGUCUGACUCUGCACUUUCCAGUCACCAAAAUACACUUGGUUCUUAAUUGAAUCCACUUCAAAACAUAUUACUGAUCAAUGAGCCUGAGAUGACAAGCUUUCAAUUAAUAAAUGUUACAUGUGCGGAAAUGGCUUGCAGUGUAUGGCUUGCAACUCAUAGGUUAUACCUGAUAGAAAAGAGAUUCUCAAAUUUUCAAAUUUAGUGCUUUAAAGUGGACCUUGGGCCGGACCCAUGCCCUUUUCACUUUAUCUGCAUCUUAGUCAUAUAACUGGUGUAGGUGAUAAAGAAAUGCUGUUACUCCUCCACUGGUGUACAUCAUUCUUAAAGAGGCAUAUGAUCUUAUUAAUUUGAAUAGCAAACAUUUUAACUCACAUUCUCAACCAAUAAAAUAUUCACAAUUGUUCAACA